AUCCAAACCAAGGUCCGUUGAUUUGUUUUCUACGCCGCUUUUCCAGUUUUCAGUGCAACUGAUCACUUCUGCUGAAACUAUUUGCGCAACACGACCAUCAACCAUGGCGGAGGAGCUCGGGAUUGACGGCUCUGUUCCUCCUAGUCUCCAUUUACUCUCUGCUUUCCUCUCCAUGGAGCCAGCUGAUUCCUUACUUUCCAUUGCCAGGGAUUUGGGUCACGGGUUGGUGACCGAGACAGUGCAGAAGUUCAUUUGGGAUCAUUGCAUUACCAAAGCUCAAGAAAUGAACCAUUUUCAUGUACCAUAUCUGAAGAAUUUUCUGAAGAAACUAAUAUCUGAAGUUGAGUUAAGUCAGGCUGAAGUGUUGGACGAGUUAUAUGAAUUGUAUGCUCAUUAUAUGGUUUCAUGGAAGGAUGAGAAUCAGAGGAAAGAAAGUGCAAGAAUCUCCAAAUUUGUUUCUUUCCUUUUUCCAGAUGGUUCUAUGAAUUGCCAAAAGUUCAGGAAAUUUGUAGUCCCAAUGCAAUGCUCUCUCAACAUGCUUGAAGGUGAUACAGGGUGUUCAAUCUGGCCUUCAAGUCUAUAUCUUUCAGAAUUGAUACUCUCAUUUCCAGAUAUGUUCUCAACAAAAGAAUGCUUUGAGGUAGGUUCAGGUGUAGGUUUGGUUGGAAUCUGCCUUGCUCAUGUCAAAGCAUCAAAGAUAGUGCUAAGUGAUGGUGACCCAUCAACAUUAGCAAAUAUGAAGGUUAAUUUAGGGUUGAAUGGGUUGUGCUGCCUCGGCUCUCCAACUGCUACAUCAGAAAGAACUAAUGAGGGUACUCAAACUGUGGAAUGCAUACAUCUUCCAUGGGAAUCAACAUCAGAAACAGAGCUCCAAGCUUUUGCACCGCAUAUUGUGUUAGGAGCAGAUGUAAUAUAUGAUCCAAUAUGUCUCCCGGACCUUGUACGUGUUCUUUCCAUUCUUUUACGCCCAAAGCAAAUUGGUAGUUCCACGCACUCUUUUCCAGUGAGUGAACAUAUCGAUGAUCAAGGAAAGGAUGGAAGCCAUGGAUUCAAAGCUUCAAGGGAUCACUCGAUUGCAUAUAUCGCUUCUGUAAUUCGGAAUAUCGACACGUUUAAUCGUUUUCUAAGUCUAGUAGAACAGGCUAAUCUUAGUAUCUGUGAUGUAACGGAUGAAUUAAAACCCAUGAACUUGCUACCUUAUAUGUACACUUACAAUAGAUCAAGUAUCAGAUUGUUUACUCUGAAAUUCAAGUAGCUUUUUCUUUUAGUUACAUUCUUAAUGACUACUGUGGAGGUGAUUCAUUUAUGGUCCACUCCGAGAUCGCUUAGUACCAGCCUUAUGUACUCUUUUGCCCAGAGAGAUGAUGUGGAAGUGCUAGAUGAACCACUCUAUGCAAAUUUCCUUCGGGUGACGGGUUAUGAUAGGCCAUACCGUGAGGAGCUACUAUCCAAAAUGGAACCUGACGUAAAUAAGGUCAUAAAGGAAAUCAUUUUUGCACCAGGAGAAAAGAAGUUCCGAUUUUGCAAGCAUAUAGCAAAACAAAAAGUACCUGGUUUGGCAAGUGAUUUGAUGAAGAAGGGAAGGCACUUCAUAUUGAUAAGAAAUCCACUUGAUAUUUUGCCAUCCUAUGAAAAGGUUAUUCCUGCAUCCUUUUCUGAAUUGGGCUUCUCAGAAUUGGUAUCUGUUUACAAUGAGCUCAAAGAGUUGGGAAGACUCCCUCCUAUCAUUGAUGCAGCUGAACUUCAAAAGAAUCCCGAGGCAACUUUACGUGGUCUUUGUGAAGAACUCGGCAUUCCUUUUCAAGACAAAAUGCUGAAAUGGGAAGCUGGUCCCAAAGCUAUAGAUGGUGUAUGGGCUCCAUGGUGGUAUAAAACUGUACAUAAAUCAACAGCUUUUGAGGCACCAAGAAAAUAUCCGUUGCCUUUCCCAUUUAAUCUAUAUGAUUUGCUUGAGCAAACGAUACCGCUCUACCACUUUCUUAGGCGCCAUGUAAAGCAGAAAUCACUUCUCCUCAUGUCUCCCUUGCCUACUCCAGAUCUUCCAGUUCCUGCAAAUGAGAAGCUACUGGCAUGGGUGGGGGACGAGAUCUUACCUCGUGAUAGUGCAAAGGUUUCUGUGUUCGACUCUGUUGUCCAAGGUGGAGACUCAGUUUGGGAGGGACUUAGAGUUUAUCGAGGAAAAAUAUUUAAGCUUGAUGAACAUUUAGAUAGGUUAUUUGAUUCAUCAAAAGCCUUAGCUUUCCAGAAUGUUCCAAGUAGGGAAGAGGUGAAAGAUGCCAUUUUCAGAACGCUCAUUCGGAAUGGAAUGUUUGAUAAUGCACACAUUCGAUUAUCUUUAACACGUGGGAAAAAGGUCACUUCCGGAAUGAGCCCCCAGUUCAAUCUUUAUGGAUGUACCUUAAUUGUGCUUGCUGAAUGGAAGCCUCCUGUCUACGACAAUUCGAGUGGAAUAACUCUAGUGACUGCCACAACACGUAGGAACUCACCAAAUAAUUUGGAUUCAAAGAUUCAUCACAAUAAUCUUCUCAACAACAUUCUUGCAAAGAUUGAAGGGAACAAUGCAAAUGCUGGUGAUGCUAUCAUGCUGGACAAAGAUGGUUUUGUGUCCGAAACAAAUGCUACGAACAUUUUUCUAGUGAAGAAAGGCAAUGUUCUGACGCCUCAUGCUGAUUACUGUCUCCCUGGAAUAACUCGUGCAACUGUUAUGGAUCUUGUGGUGAAGGAGAAGUUGGUAUUGGAGGAGCGAAGAAUCAGCCUAUCAGAAUUUCAUACUGCAGAUGAGGUAUGGACUACUGGAACGAUGGGAGAGCUUACCCCAGUUGUGAAGAUCGAUGGGCGUGUAAUUGGCGAUGGACAAGUCGGACCUGUGACAAGAAUGUUACAAAAUGCAUACAAGAAACUGACGGAAGAAUCUGGAGUGCCUAUUCCAACCUACACUACGAAGUGAACAUCUCUCAACAAGGUCCCAUUUUCCUUGCUACAAAUAAUUGAAAUCAUCUUUGUCCACUUGAUGACAAUGAGUUGGGACUUUCUAAUUUCACUGGUAGAUGAAUGUUCUAGAAGGCUUUGCAUUGCGUGGAUGCAAGGCACAAAUUUUAAGUCUCGAGGCUUACUGUCUUUUCGAGUUGAGUUUGUAUAAAGCACGAUUAGGCAUGUAACCUGUAUGUCUAUUAAGAUGGUUAGAAGAAUAAUAUCAACCCAACCCAAUUGGCUAUCUGUUCUUCAAAAUACAAACAUCUUACGCUUGUAAUUAAGAUCAAUGGGUUGUGGUAAAUUAGACCAUUGCUGACUGAAUCUUCAAUAAAACAUGUUUGUCAAAA